AUGGCUGUUCGAUGGGCAGUCGUGGUUAUUCUGUCACAGACCGCAUCUCCACUACUACUGAACGUACGGCUGCCCACAGAGCUUCGAGGAGUCAGUUGCAUCCAGGAUCUUCCUGUGACUCGAAUGGGGCCAACCUCUGGUUUCCUCGAGCCAUUGGCCCUCCAGCAACAAGCAGAGGAGCUCUUUGAGCUUCUGCUGAAACUCCUUCGAAAGGCUGUUAAUGCUGUUACUUCGUACAAUGACGGCCGCAUCAAAGCGCAGCUGAUCGCUGCAGUUGGUGCGGUUGCAAGGCAGCGGCCUAGCAUGCUCCCAGGAUGCCUUGAUGUCUUCAAGACGCUGCUGAAAGAAGUGAAGGAAGUACUCGGAGCACAACAUGAUGAAGUUCAGAAGCUCGUAGCAGCAGAGACACAGCUGCUCAUUGCUUCUGGACUCACCACAGAGUGGUCUGCUGACCUCCUGGAGAUUUGCGAACUCACUGGUCAAUCUGGCUCCCUGGAAGAGUUGUCAACGCAAGCGAAAUACAAGCAGAUUAGCAUGAUCACGGAGGAUGUGGAUGGAACAUCUCGGGGGAACAAGCGGGCUCGAAAGGCUGAGUCAUCCAAGCACGUUUGGACCUCACAGUGCGGUGAUGGGACACUGGCAGAGGAUGUCAUCUUUGAUGCAGACGCUUUGCUGUCUGGCGAGGCAGAGUCCACCUGCAGGCGUUUGGAAGACUACUUUGGCUUGCCAAGCCAGAGGGAGCCUGCCGGACACGUUCCUGGCCCAGCAGUGCUUGCCACAAGAAUCAGCAGUCAGGCUGAGCUUGCUCGCAUCGCACUGACCUCCCUGAGCUCACUGUCCGUGCAGCGCAGCCUUCAUCGAGAACGUGCUCAUGAAAAUGCCGUUGCAUUUUCUGAUGCUACUGCCCAUGGUACCAAUGGAGCGUCAGAGCCGGAGGCAUUCCAAGAGCAGCUGUCUCUGCUCAUAGACGGUAAAGCGGUUCAGCACAGCGAGCCUGAGAAGCCCGAAGAGCCUGCAGCGCGUGAUCCGAGAGCAGCACUUUCGGCGGAUCGUCUGGGUGGUGAAGGUAGUGGUGCAAUGCACCUUCUGCCAAUGGAAGUUGGGACUCUGCUUCUUCCAAAAGACUUGCGAGCCAAAGACGCAUUGCAGCUGAAGCUGUUUGAGGAGGUUUUGGCCAGCUGGAGCAGAAUGGAGACAUCGCUUCUAAAGUGCUGUCUCCUGCCCGCGCAGCUCACCGCUUAUGAGCGAGUCAGCCGACAGGUUGCUAUACACCUUGCGGCAGGUCCAAGGAUGGCUUUGCAGCCAGAUUUGCAGCGGUCCAUGUGCCAGGCCUAUGUCCUCCGAACCUUCGACCUACUGCAGGCAUCCCUCCAAUCCACCAACAAGGCAAGUGCAGCAGCGGCCAUGGAUCAGCUCGUGGAGCUGUUUUACGCGAAGUUUUCUGCUGAUGUGGCCCGUUUCCAGGAGUCGGCCGCCGGAAACAGCGCGCCUCUCCGUGAAAUCUUGGAGGCAGGUGGAUCUUCAAGGCGUCUCGCAGGGACCAGCUUCACCUAUGCGGAGCUCUUCGACAUGUGCCUGGCAGAAUUUGAGAAGCGAGAUGUUCCCAGGCGUGAGUUGAGGACCUUUCUGGGCGAGCUCCCAGCUGUGCCCGUUUCUGCAUUCCGAGCACUUGAAGCACAAUGCCAGCUUGCAUCAGCUCGGAAGAUGGCCUUGCUCACAAUUCUGGCAUUAAUUGAAGGCAAGCCUGCCUGCCGUUGGCGGGGCUUUCAGUUGCUGUUCAAGUUGGCCUUCUCGGCUGGCGAGGAUUCUGUCCGAUUUGACACAAUCCGCCUCCUCGUCAACAAGAUUUACAGUUCUGGGCCACGCCCUGCAAUGCGCUGGCAGCUCCCGCACUUGACGGAUGAGGAGGCACUGCCGCUCAUGGCAGAUGGUGAGGCUACCAGCUGGGACCUGCCAGACCCUGAUUUCCUGUCAUUGCAGAGGCUUCGUGGACGCUGUAUUGAAGAUGUUGCGACAAUCAUGUUGCGCUCUGUCGCAGCCAGCGGUCGUGAGGACAACUUUCGGAACAAGGUUGGCAUCCCGUUCCGAUUGGAGCAAGUUCGUGCUGAUCUCUUCAAAGGUGCGAUCUGUGCACCAAAAGAUCGAUCUUGGCCCUACCUCGCACUUUGCAUCAAAAGGCCAAUCUUGUUGCAUGGCCUGGUCGAGACCUUCAUCCAGUGCGAUGCGGAAAUGAAGGAGCACUUGAUCAACUCUAUCGAGGAGGCUGUGAAGCACAUCCCCGUCGGUGAGCAGGAGCUCCUAGUUCUUGUGCAGAAGGCAACUCCACAGACAGAGGCGCUGGUUCUCAAGAUGCUAAACAUCAUGAUGACCAGCAGGGGCAAGGAACCACUUCUUCCAGGCUUUGGCGCAGCUGUGGUUCGUCUGUACAAGGAAACUCAAAACCCUCGCUUGCUUGUUCCGGUCUUCGACAUGCUCGACAGAGACACUUUGCUGGACUUCCUACCAUCAGUGCUGCAGUUGGAGGCAGACGAGGUGACUGAUGCUUUCCGGCUUGUGAUUGGAGCUCGCGCACCCCCGCUUAGCGUGACUGAGUUGCUCACCGAGCUUCACCACAUCAACAGCCCUGGGGAAAACAUUGUGCCCAUCAAAGCUUCAAUGCAAGCGCUGAACAUCGUGUUUGGCAUGCGGGACCAGUUUGACACCAAAGUGUACGGCAUUGUCAUCCAAUCCCUCGUUGAAGAACCCGGGCCCCUUCCGACCCUCUUCAUGCGCACUGUGAUUCAAGUUGUGAAAGAACUUCCUCGACUUUCGGACUUUGUUGUCAUGGAGAUCCUUCCUCGGCUUGUUCGACAAGAAGUUUGGGGCGAUGAAACGAUGUGGCGUGGCUUCAUGAUUGUGUUGCAGCACACAUUUGCAAGCCAGCCGAGUGGAGCAGCGAGAGUCCUGGCAAUGUUGCCCAUCUCUCAAUUGGAGGACGUCUUGGUGCAGCAUCCAGACUGGAAAGCGCAGCUGCGCGAAUUUGUUGCAAGACAGCCUCCGGGCAUAGUGCCAUCUCAUGUGAGGCAAUUGCUCGAAUGA